AUGGCGGCCCCUGUAAUUGAAACAUGCCAUGUCGCUUGUUGUGCGAACAAGACACCGAAUGUUGUUUCUUGGAGUCGUGGAGGAACCAUUGCUUUUGGGACAUGUAACUCAGUGGCUCUUUAUGACCCGCAGGAGAAACGAGUUGUCGCUGUGCUGAAUGGACACGCAGGCAGAGUGAAUGCAGUCCAGUGGGUUCACAGAGAGGACUGUGCUCUGGAGAGUUAUCUUGUCUCAGGAGGUUCAGACAAUCGGCUCAUCCUCUGGGAGGCUCAAAAUGAGAAGUUCAUCCAGUCAGUGGAGUGCAAGGGUCACACUGCUCCAAUUUGUGCUGUGGAUGCCAUUUAUGUGGAGGGUUCAAAGAUCCUGGUGGCCUCAUCAGCAUCCGACUCCACAGUCAGACUGUGGCUCUGCAACGAAAACAAAGAAGCUGAGUGCCUCCAUAUCAUAUCAUUUGGCAGCGGUUUCAUGAUGGAUGUCUCUCUGGCACUGUUGCCAGGCAGCAGAGUUCCUGUACUGGCCUGCGGGGGUGAUGACUCGCGGGUGCAUCUGUACGUGCAGUCCAAUGGACAGCAGUUCCAGAAAGCUAUGUCAUUACAAGGACAUGAAGACUGGGUUCGUGGGGUGGCAUGGGCAUCUGUAGGUGGGGAGCUGUUAUUAGCCAGCUGUUCCCAGGACUGUCUCAUCAGAGUGUGGAGGCUGUGUGCCAAGUCUGGGACAGACACCCGCACAAAGGACGAUCACACCAUCAUCAAAAUGAAAGAGGACGUUUUUGAAGUGAGGGACAGAGAUGUGUCCUCAGUGUUUGCUGUGUCCCUUGAGACGGUCCUGGCAGGUCAUGAGAACUGGGUCUAUGGAGUCCACUGGCAGCAUCCUUUCUACAAAGGUGGCGAAUUGCAACAGCCUCUAAGUCUGCUCUCUGCUUCCAUGGACAAAACCAUGAUCCUCUGGGCUCCUGAGGAGGGAUCUGGAGUCUGGGUGGAGCAGGUGCACGUAGGGGAGGUUGGUGGCAACACUCUGGGUUUCUAUGGCUGCCAGAUAAGCCCGGAUGGCUCCAUGAUUGUUGCCCAUGCUUUUCAUGGAGCGCUACAUCUCUGGUGCAAGGACCAAGACAAAGAGGGAGAGUGGAGGCCUGGAGUCGUUAUAUCAGGUCAUUUCAGUGCGGUCCAGGACCUCAGCUGGGAUCCUGAGGGUGAGUUCAUCCUCAGCGUGGGCUCAGACCAGACCACGAGACUCUUCACUCCAUGGAGGCAAGAAGAUGGAAAACUGGCAACCUGGCAUGAAAUCUCACGGCCACAGAUCCAUGGCUACGACAUGCAGUGUCUGGCCAUGAUCGGACGGUUUCAGUUUGUGUCUGGAGCUGAUGAGAAGGUCCUGAGAGUGUUUCAAGCACCUCGUAAUUUUGUGGAGAACUUUGCUAAUAUUUCUGGGACAUCAAAGGAAAAGCUGCUGACAUCCAGUGACUCUGCCAACCUCCCAGAAGGAGCCAGCACACCUGCCCUGGGUCUGUCCAACAAGGCUGUAUUUCAAGGUGACCUUGCCCCAAAAACCACUGAAGGAAAGGAGCAGUUCAACAGUAUAUCUGAUCAAUACCAGGAGUCAUACUUCCACCCGCUCAACAUGACCGAGCCACCACCAGAGGAUCAUCUUCUCCAGAACACACUCUGGCCUGAGGUCCAGAAACUGUACGGCCACGGUUUUGAGAUGUUCUGUCUCGCAUCUGACAGCGCCAGGACGGUGGUGGCAUCCGCAUGCAAGGCAUCUAAAGCCGAGCAUGCAGCAGUGCUCCUGUGGAGUACAGCUACGUGGCGCCAGCUGCAGACGCUGCCUUGCCACACCCUCACCGUCACCCAGAUGGCCUUCUCACCUGAUGCACAACUCCUGUUAGCGGUUUCCCGUGAUCGUACAUGGUCUUUAUGGAGACGGAACCUGCCCACGCCCGAAAGUCCAGAGCCGCAGUUCUCGCUGCACGCACACACAGGGAAGGACACAGCCGUACACACUCGAAUCAUCUGGUCAUGUGACUGGAGCCCCGACAGCAAAUACUUUGUGACAUCCAGUCGGGACAAGAAGGUGAUCGUGUGGGGCCCGUGCAGAUUAGAGGACACCGAAGACUCCGUGCCUCCUCCUGAGAUUAAACCCUGUUCCUCCGUCUUGGAUGUGGGCGAUGCGGCUACUGCUGUAGCUUUCUGCCCUGUAUUCUGCUCUGAUAACAGCUACCUGCUCGCAGUCGGCUUGGAGUGUGGGAGAAUCCUGCUGUACAGGUGGAGCCCUGAGCAGGAGUGUGCUGGAGAACUUGGCUGGGUCAGCUGUGGAGAAACAGACACCUUACAAAGCCACGCUUUGGCAGUCAAGAGGCUCCGCUGGAGGCCCAGGGCCGGCCAAGCGGGUCGAGAGAACAAUAAGAAGGAUGGACAGGCUGACGGAGAGAGUGAAAUCGAGGAGGAGAGCUCCUGGGUCCAGCUUGCCAGCGCCAGCGCCGACCACACUGUCAAAAUCUUCAACAUCAACAAACUGGCUCUUUAGCACCACCAACACUGACACUAUUAUGCCCCUCACACACAGAGAGACACUUGGACUGAGGGCCACAGGCCUGACUAGGGCACCAAGGCCACAGCUGCUCACUGGCAAGCCAUUCACUCCCUGUGACAACAAGUCCAGUCAUGGGUCAGUCUCAGGACAAACCAACAACACACAUGCCCCGCAGUCUGUCUACACACAGCUGAAUGGAUUUGAUGGGUGGAAGAAAGAUGGUGAAAACACCAUGACCUUAGGGUGGUAUUUUGCUUAGACACUUCAAAGUGUUAUAGACUGAGAGAAGAGGACACCGCUAGAUAUCUAUACAGAUCGCAUAUUUAGACAGGUUAUCCAAGUAAACAGUUAUACAGUGAACUGUAUUGUUAAAGCAACUCAUCAAGGAAGUAAUCAGAUCAUCAUGACCAUGCUAUUCUCUCUGAUCAUUAAUCGUACACUAUGUAUGGUGUUUAUUUGUUUAAUGACCAAUCAAUAAAAACGUUUUCUAUAUCUACAA